AUGCACGAUUCGGCCGCAGCGUACAACAAUCCGUACGGUGGCAACCACGUGGCCAACGGCUCCAACGCGCAUGCUGCCGACUCUUUCACCUUCGACGCUGCCGAGCUGCUACGCGAGCAGAAGGAGUUCCUGGAGCGUGCGCAGGCCGGCGAGAUUCGCGCAUCACUUUUCCUUCGUCUUCGCCUGAGUGCCCAGCAGAAGCUGACAGUGCAGCGCAAUCAGUUCGCGGAACGGACUGCUGCACGGAGCAGACGUUGGCCCAUCUCCAAUGCCGGGGCGGUUCCCGCUUCCGCGCGCACAGCAUCAGCGGCAACAGCAACAGCAACAACAGAGGCUUCAAAGUUUAGUGGUGGUGAAGAGGUGGUGGUGGAAGAGGAGCCGGAAGAAGGGCAACGAUGCCUGGGUUGUGCGCGGCGCUACUUCGACGCAUCUUCCUUUACGCGUCAUCAAAGCUGUUGCAAGGAGUACGCCGCGCUGCUGCGAAAGCGCAACAGUGACGUUGGCCUCAACGCAGCGCAGACGGCACGUGGUGUGAUACCACGCCACCUGACGGUAUCAACUGCAGCAGAAACAGCAACAGUCACUGCCUCGUCGGCUUUCAAAGAUGAGCUGCAAGCCAUACACCAGCGGCUGGAAUCUUCUCGCUGCGGCUCGCCACAUGCAGAAGCGACAACGGCUCGUGGGCUGGCCACAAAUACGAACGGCUUGACGUCUUCGCAGAGCGAUGCACAACGUCGCGGUGACGCGAGAGGACGGAACGCCACUCUUUCGCUUCGGACGGAAAGCCGAAGCACCAGCCACUCAUUUUCGCUGCCAUACGUCUCCACACCACAGGAAGAGCGGCGCGACGAGAGCAAUGGGAGAAAGGAGCGUGAGGCAUCGUCGUUAUCGCGCGAGCUCACACCGCCGUCGCCUGGUUGUCAGUGGCAACAACGAACCCCGCCUUGUGGAGUGAAUCAGAUCGACGAAAUGCCAGCCGCUGUGGCAGCUCGGCUGCCCAGCGACAUGGCAGCCACAGUUAUGACGCCCUUCCAGGCGGCCGCGGUCAACGGGAAGGAUGAUGGUGAAGGUGUUAUGGGCAAAAGCGGGCAGGCACUGUCGUGCCGGCAGAGCAGCGUGGCAUUCACCAGCAACAGUGGCAGUGUUGUCAACAUGGGAAUGGAAUCGGAUGAGCCACUAAAGCCGUGCCCGCAUUGUGGUCGACAGUUCUUUGCCAUGUCGCGGUGGCCCCGCCACGUUGCGGUCUGCGAACAACAACAACAUAGGAUCCCAAAGGGCGGUGGUCACCGGCAGGUGUACGAUCCCCGCGGCCGUUGUUCGUCUCAGACAAACACCUGCGAUAACUCGAGCUUCGGCGGCACAAGUCGGGAUGCCUCGCAGCCCCUCGCAUCCAGCAGGGGCAAGUCCGGUGGCGACUCGGAGAAGAAGAAUACCAAGUGGCGGCGGCAGCGUGCGCAACUGCGGCAGGCGCUGCAGUUGGGAAGUGGGCGCCGGCGGGACGGCAGCAGUGGUGGUCAGGAGGAAGUGUUUGAGGACGACCGCGUGUGCUGCCCAACGUGCGGCCGACGCUUCGCUCCAGCAGCAGCCGAGCGGCACAUUCCGUUCUGCAGGGAGCGUCAGGGAGGCCUCAAGUCGAUGCGAAUGUGA